GAAAUAUGUAUGAAAGAACCAGAGCUGAUUAUAUAACAAAAUUACCUCCUAAUAUGCAUAGUACCAAAGGUUGUGGUGCUACUAUUCCUGAUCCAAAACAGGUAAUUAAAAAUGAUGAUGGUUUAGUCAUUCCUGCAGGAAAGCCAGUCAAUUCAAAAAUUUCAAAUGGUGACUUGUUAUAUAAUGAAUAUAUUAUCUACGAUACUGCGCAAGUAAAUAUUAAGUAUUUAUUGAAAGUGAAAUUCAACUGGAAACGUUAAAAAAAUUUUUAUUUUUUUAAAAUUGUAUGCAAACAUAAUUGUAAAAUUACUUUAGACAACUGAUACUUCUUGCAGCUGUAUACUAUAAUUUCUCAAAUAAAGUCAUUUGUUGUCUUUUUUUAUUAAAAAAAA